GACUUUCUUCGCCGUAGCACCCGGACUCGCAAACACCACAUUGCGCAACAGCUGGUCCAAGCUUCCACUAUCUCCGACCUUACUCCGUUGUAGGUAGCAGGCAACAUAUUGGCGGCUGUCACUCACCAUUCAUCUACCCAACGCCUUGCAGUCGGCGAAUAACGUAUUUCCACAACCUCAAAAUCGGGAUAAAGCACACGAGCUGCGUACAAAGCCAAAUCCGAUCUCGAAUAUAUCUCUUACACCCAAAGCAGCACCAGAAUUGCUGCCUUUCCGCCAUGUCAACUCUUGGAAGCUCGUUGAAAUGAUCAUUCACCCCGUCACAAAAUCAUGCGGCCCAACAUGCCUCGGAGAACGUUGUCCGGUUCCUCACACGGUUCCUGCGCAUCUCCCAGCCCCUUGUCUGACGAGCAGUUCGCCUUCUCCGCGGGUAACACGCCCGUGCGGGAGAUCCCGCCGUCAUAUGUGGCGUCUGCCAGAGACGCCCUUCUCUUCGGUACCAGAGAAGUUAACAGUAAAUCCCAAACCACUACUUUUAUAUCAGAGUCCAAGGAUGCAUCCAAAGUCGUAACUCGGAGCAAGCCUAUCGCAAUCGAAUUACCGCCCACCAGGAGACUUAGUACCGCUCCUGUUGAGACACCGCCAUCACCACUUUCCGCUCGAGGGGAUAUUCAAGGAGGUUACUUUCCCAAUCACGAGGACCCAGCUACCCGAGUUCAUCGAACUCACCCAUUCUUUACUCUUGAUCCAAGCAAGGCACGCCAUAAAGCCUUACAUAGAGCGGCAGAAACCACGCACUUGUCUGCCCCCCUCACUGAUUCUCGAGUACGGACAAUGGCAAACGAUCGGUCUUACUCUCCCUUGAGUUCUUCAGUUGGCGCCACGAGGUCAGCUGGUCUGCAUACGCCGGUGUCUUCCUACAUGCCGUCCGGUAUUCACGACAACAUUGCCCUUCCGAUGGGGAAGUACUACCCUACGAACUACGAAAACCGGAUGGCCAGCAACUCGAACCAGCACAGGAGGCCCUCAGCAAGAGCAGAUGCCGCGGGGGUUGCUCACUCUGAACCCCAACUAAAAUACCUCCGGGAGAACAGCCAUCUGCGCACAGGUUCCGAGGCCAAACGCCUAGUUGAACAGUAUCAGAGAGACAUGGUGGCCCAGGCGUCAAUGGCACUUUACUCAAACGCCUCCAGUAUGUCACCAUCGACCAGGAUACCCGAUAACGCGGCGUUGAAGAACAUCCAACUGGGGGCCACGAUGCUCAAGACACAUAAGCCGUUGUCUCCCAGACUUGUGCCGCUGGGAAGCCCUGGACCUGUUACGCCUAUGGAAUUGGACGGCAAUGGAGACGGAUACUUGAGCAGGGGACGAGCCGUCGGGGGGUUGGAUGCCGGAUCACAGAACGCGAACAUCGCCAGGACCAUCAGAGCGGAGGAGAGGCAACGGAGAGAAGCCCAGUCGCCUGGCUGGGACAUGAAGUCAUCAUUUUAGGGCGGAUCGUAGUGGACGGUGGGCAUGAUUGGGUCACCAGUCGUCGUUGGAUCGUCAGGUUGGAAGCACUCUGGGUAUUGAAGUGAACGGAAGGUCAAGAAUGGUUUUCUUUUGUUUUUCAUUACCCGUUUCUAUCUA